AUGGCGUCUUCCGAGACCAGCCAGUGGAAGGCUUACAACUAUAAUCCAUCGCUGGCAGCAGCAGUCGUCUUUAUUGUUCUAUUUCUCAUCGUUUCUAUUAUUCAUGUGUUUUAUCUCAUUCGUACACGGACUCUUUUCUUUAUUCCGUUCAUCAUUGGCGGACUCUUUGAGACUGUAGGGUACAUCGGCCGGGCGAUGAGUGCACAACAAUCGCCAAACUGGGCUCUCGGACCGUACAUUAUGCAGAGCACCCUGACCCUCGUUGCCCCCGCUUUGUUUGCUGCCAGUAUCUAUAUGGAACUCGGAAGGAUCAUUCGGGUGGUUCAUGGAGAGCAACUCGCACUUGUCCGUGUGACUUGGAUGACAAAGUUUUUUGUUGCGGGCGAUGUGCUCUCUUUCUUGAUGCAGGCUACAGGUGCCGGAGUCCUCGCAAGCUCUCAUUCCUCAACAAAUUCCACGGGUACUCACAUCAUUGUCGGCGGUCUUUUCUUACAACUCAUAUUCUUCGCAUUCUUCCUUGCUAGCGCCAUCACAUUUCAAAGGCGGAUCCAGAAACACCCGACCCCGGAAUCUGUGGCUGACUAUAUCCCCUGGACAAAACAUAUGAUGGCUCUGCAUACGUCCAGUGUCGUCAUCCUUAUCCGGUCGAUCUUUCGUGUAAUUGAAUAUCUGCAGGGGCAGGAUGGGUCUCUGCUGUCGACGGAAACGUAUCUGUAUAUUUUUGACGCGAGCCUGAUGUUCCUGGUCAUGGUCACCUUCAUUUAUAUUCACCCGAGCGAGAUAAACUGUUUGUUAGGAAAGGGGCAUAGACACGUCACCCGUGGAGGUCUGGCAUUGACUGAGUUUAAGAUGGGCGUUUAA